AAGGCAUCAUCCCCAUCAAAAGUUUAGCCGUGGAUCCUACCGCUCCUAAACGUUUCUAUUCUUUGUAAUCACCACGCCCUUGACUGCCUACACGGCUUCCUAAUUCGCGAUCGCUCUGGUCUCCCUCCGCCUUGACCACAUCCCGUCUCACAGUCAAGAUGCCGGCGCAAACGGAAAAGAGCCAGUUGAAGCGAAGUCGCCAAUCGCAAGGCGAAGUUGUCGAACCUAAGAAAGCUCGUCGCUCCCAGCGCCAACCCUCGCCGACGCCCCACAAGAGCCAUCUCAAACAGGGGCAGCUGCCGUCGCCUAUCACACACAAGGAAUCCACGGCGUCAGAAGACUUCAAGGAAGGCACCGUCACUCCUCCCAAUGGAAAGCAGACACACUCGCAACCGCGCGGCCCGGGCGGCCUCUCUUCACCCCCGUCAGACACGCAGCCCUUCUCCCAAUGCGUCUACCCUCCCGACCCACGAACGUACGCAGUAGACGACGAGGAAGGCGAGCAAGUAUGGGGCUAUCUCGUGCCGUUGGACGACAAAUCAGGCGACACCCUUGUGCUGCGUCGCCGAGAGGGCUGUCCAGUUCCUCAGAGCAUGGUCGGCCAGACGACCGGGAAGGACAAGGUGUCUACGGAGGAGUACAAGCGUCAGGAAGAGAUAUACGAGAAGGAGAAAAAGGAGAAAGGCGUCAACGCAAGUGGAUACCUCAUUGGACGACAUCGCGAAUGCGACCGCAUACUCGAGUCACCUACCGUCUCGAACCGACAUUGCCUCCUAUUUACUGAGAACAAGGGUGGAGAUGCUGUUGCGGUGCUGGAAGAUCUUUCUGGCAACGGAACGUUCGUCAACGAGGCCAUAGUCGGGAGGAACAAGCGGCGAGUGUUGAAAGAAGGCGACGAGAUUGCAAUUCUGGACGAAGCUCGCUACGUAUUCCGAUACCCACGACAGCGCAACACGCACGGAUUUCGCCAACAGUACACCAUCCAGGAGCAGCUGGGCAAGGGCCAUUUUGCGUCUGUAUAUCUGUGCAUAGAAAAGUCUUCGGGCAUACGCUAUGCGGUCAAGAAGUUUGAGAAGCGAUCCGGCCCUGGCGAGAGAUCCAAGGUUGAGGGUUUGCAGCAAGAAAUUGCUGUACUCAUGGGGAUCAGCCAUCCAACUCUACUCUGUCUUAAGGACACAUACGACGAGGACGAUGGAGUCUAUCUCGUUCUUGAACUGGCAACUGAGGGUGAGCUGUUCAACUGGAUAGUGAUGAAGCAGAAGUUGAGUGAGUCGGAGACGCGGAAGGUGUUCGUGCAGCUGUUUCAGGCGGUUAAGUACUUGCAUGAACGCAAUAUCGUUCACCGCGACAUCAAACCGGAGAACAUCUUGCUUACCGACAAAGAAUUACACAUCAAGUUGGCCGACUUCGGGCUUGCGAAGAUUAUCGGCGAGGAGUCGUUCACAACCACAUUAUGCGGCACCCCAUCAUACGUUGCACCUGAAAUCCUGGAAAAUUCCAACCACCGUCGCUACACUCGCGCUGUUGACGUUUGGUCGUUGGGCGUCGUGCUGUACAUCUGCUUAUGCGGAUUCCCUCCCUUCUCCGACGAGCUCUACAGCCCAGACAACCCUUACACGCUCUCCCAACAAAUCAGAGAGGCCCGAUUCGACUAUCCCUCGCCGUACUGGGAUUCAGUCGGCGACCCUGCGCUUGAUCUUAUCGACCGCAUGCUGACUAGAGACGUCGACCAACGGAUCACGAUUGACGAAUGUCUGCAACAUCCAUGGGUUACUCUAAACAACAAAAUCAAUCCUAACGACAGCACCGAUGGCUUGACUGGAGCCAUUGCCGGUCUCGACUUCUCGAAGCGGAAAGUACAACGAGAGCGGACUAUGCUUAGUAGCGUCAACGACAUCAAGGUGACGCGGGUUAUCAAGGGCGCCGAGGGGCAAGAUGCGGUCAAGGUUUACGAGAAGAACAUCACCCAUGGGGCCAAGAAAGUGGCCGAGGCGGGCUUCAAGGAAGUACAUCCUGCGAACGAACGACACCCUAAAGAGUUUAUCGAGAUGGGCGGAAAGGGCGACGAAGUGCUAUACGCGGAGUCACACGAUGGCUCGCACUAUCCCACAAAUCCGGAUGCCGCAUCUGCUUCAAAUACAUGCACUCGACGAAUGACAGGGCAGUCUUUACGUAUGGGUGUCGUCGCUGAUAUCGCCGGCCCAUUGGGCAACUUCACGUCCAACUCGUCCUUCCCCGUCGUCGCUGCCACCGGCUUCGCCUCCUUUAUCCUCGUCGCCAUCGUCCUCAACAUCUUGAAGCAACUGCUGCUCAAGAACCCAAAUGAGCCGCCUCUCGUGUUCCACUGGCUGCCCGUGAUCGGAAACACUAUCACGUAUGGCAUGGACCCGUACGGGUUCUUCUUCGCGAAUCACAAGAAGUACGGCAACGUCUUCACCUUCAUUCUCCUUGGCCGCAAGAUGACCGUGUGCUUGGACACGGUGGGCAAUAACUUCAUCCUAAACGGCAAGAGCAAGGACGUCAACGCCGAGGAGAUCUACAGCCCGCUCACCACUCCUGUCUUUGGAAAGGAUGUAGUGUACGACUGCCCCAACUCGAAGCUCAUGGAGCAGAAGAAGUUCGUCAAGUUUGGUCUCACGACAGACGCCCUCCGUUCCUACGUGGUUCUGAUCACACAGGAAGUAGACGAUUUCUUCAAGCGCCACAAGGACUUCAAGGGACAACAGGGUUCAUUCAACGUCCCCAAAGUCAUGGCCGAGCUCACCAUCUACACUGCAUCCCGCUCCCUCCAGGGCCAGGAGAUCCGCAACGCCUUCGACUCCAAGUUCGCCGAACUAUACCACGAUCUGGACAUGGGUUUCUCACCCGUCAACUUCAUGCUUUCCUGGGCACCGCUUCCACACAACCGCGCGCGAGACAAUGCGCACGAGACGAUGAUCAAGCUCUACUCGGAUAUUGUUCGCAAGAGGAGAGCGGGCGAGGAACGCAAGGAACACGACAUGAUCUGGCAUCUCAUGGACUGCAAGUACAAGGAUGGAACCCAAGUCCCUGAGCAUGAAAUCGCUGGCAUCAUGAUUGCGCUGCUUAUGGCUGGUCAGCACUCCUCCUCGUCGACAAUUGCCUGGAUCCUGCUCCGUCUGGCGCAGAACUCUCACCUUAUCGAGGAACUUCUCGCCGAGCAAAAAUCUGUCUUGGGCGAUGACCUUCCAGCACUUACCUACGAGGAUCUCCAAAGGCUUCCUCUUCAUGCGCAGAUUGUCAAGGAGACCCUCCGCAUUCAUGCUCCAAUCCACUCUAUCAUGCGCAAAGUCAAGCAGCCUCUCGUCGUUGACGGAACAAACUACACUGUCCCCACUUCGCACACCCUUAUGUCCUCGCCUGGUUUCUCCGCACAACUCGAUACUCACUUUGUCAACCCUGCAGUAUGGGACCCUCAUCGCUGGGACGCCGACGCAAGCUUCGAAGAGGUUGUAAACAAGGACGAGGAGAACAUCGACUACGGCUGGGGUGUCGUAUCUAAGGGCACGAACUCGCCAUACUUGCCAUUCGGCGCCGGCCGACAUAGGUGUAUCGGCGAGCAGUUCGCGUAUCUGCAGCUGCAAACCAUCCUUGUGGCGUUUGUGCGCGAAUUCAAGAUGAGGAACCCUGGUGGCAGCAAGGACAUCGUGGGCACGGACUACUCGAGUUUGUUCUCGAGACCGCUUUCGCCGGCGGUGGUGGAGUGGGAGAGGAGGAGCAAGGGGUUGUAGAUGGUGUUUACCGGUACUGGAUCUAACGAGCGGUCAUGAUGUAGAUAUGGAUUCGUUUCAUGGCUUCCUGGUGGUGGGUUGGGUGGGACCAGGUGCUUUAGACUAUUUGGGAUAUUGACAUGGUAAUAGUUAGACAUGUGUAAUAAUGAUACGAGAGUUCGAAGUUGUAUUUAUGUUUUAUUGAUGAGGGAGUGCUCUGCAGUUUCAAUUAUCUCUCGCCUUAUUUUAUUCCAUUGUAUCUUGUCUCAUCCCAUACAAUCCUCUUCUCUC